GAGAGAGAGAGAGAGAGGCGGCGUUGGCGUCCUUCUUCCGCGCCCAUUCCUCUCCUGGCGCCAGCAGAAGAAGAGCCCGAUGGCGGCAGGGUGGGCCUCGCAGUCCCCCUCCUCCGGAGCCCCUCGUCCCCGGCCGGGGCCACUAGGGGCCCUCGCCCGCCCCCACCUCCUCCUCCUGCUGCUGCUGCUGCUUCUGGCCUCGCAGCCCAGCGGCGGCGCCCUGGAAGCCCAGGAGACCUACGUGCAGCUGGACUUCUUCCAGGAGAGCUUCCCGGCUCCUGGGGCCCCGGAGGCGGACGAGGGCGAGAUCCUGCACCAGUUCCAGGGCCAGGAGAUCUUCCACGUGGAUUGGGGCCAAAGGGAGACCCACUGGCGCCUCCCGGACUUCCCCGGCUUCUCCAGUGUCGAGGCGGCGGGGGCCCUGGGCUCCCUCAGCGUCGAUAAGAGCAACCUGGAGGCCCUCGUGGCGCUCAGCAACCGGAGCCAAGGCCAGAACGUGGCUCCUUCGGCAACCAUGUAUACCAAAGACCCCGUGGCGUUAGGGGAUCCCAAUGUGUUGAUUUGCUUUGUGGAUGAGUUCUUCCCUCCAGUCCUGAACAUCACCUGGCUGAAGAACGGGGAGGAGGUCUUUGAGGGGGUGCAGGAGACCGGUUUCUAUCCUAGUGCAGACAACACCCUGAGCAAGUUCUCCUACCUGCCCUUCAUCCCGGAGGAUGGAGACUUCUACGCCUGCCAGGUGGACCACUGGGGUCUCCAGGAGCCUCUCACCAAGAUCUGGUAUGCCAAGGAGCCUACCCCUCUCCCCGAGACGACCGAGAACGUGCUUUGUGGCCUGGGCCUUGCCAUUGGCAUUCUGGGCAUCAUCACGGGCACCGUCCUCUUCUUCAAGGCCAUGAGGAUGAAUGACCGCAACAGUCGCAACCAGGGUGGAUUAUAAUCAGCAAAGAAAGGGACGCUCUGUUGUCUUGGGAGGGCCUCGUUUUGGAAGGACCUCCAUCUUGCAAAGACCACCAUCUUGCAAGGACCUGUGCUUCUCUCGCUUGUCUCCUAGCCUGGCUUCCUCAGCUGCAAGAACUUCAUAUUCGCUCUGCUGUCUGCCCCAUAUCACCCCACUGGGGACCCAAACCAAAGAAACUGGAAGAGACAACUUGGCUGCUCCACCAGCAUCCAUCCAUAUUGCAACCAUCAACUGGUGUAUUCCAGCAUCAGCCAGGAAGCUAAAUGUAUGAAAGGACCUAGAGGAAUUGUUGUUGUUGUUGUUGUUGUUGUUGUUGUUGUUGUUGUGUGCCUUCAAGUCAUUUCUAACUAAGAUGGACUAUCAUGGGGUUUUCUUGCCAGAAUUUGUUCAGAGCCUCUUUUUUUUUUUUUGCCUUCCUUUGCGGCUGAGAGAGUGUGACUUUCAAAGGUUUCCGAGCAGAGAUUUAAGCCCUGGUCUCCAACGUGUCAACCACAGCAUCACACACACACUCUCUCUAAGGGCCAAGAUGGUUGUGACUAAAGACCCACUGAAUCCAUGGGAUUUACCUCCAUAUAGACUCAUUGUUCAGCAACUGAGUGAAUGGCUCUACUGUAAUUCAGAAUAACCAAGAGGUCCCAGCCACUGUUUCUAUUAUUCAGGGGGGAUGUGAAGGUCUGAAAGACAUCUUUAUUCCGCCCUCCCAUUAAAGGGGGUUCCAGUUCCAUAUACCCCCAAUUUCUGUCUUGACUACCCUUUCAUAUCCUCAUGCGUCACAUUGGAGCUUUCAAGCCUUAUAAGAGCUGGAGGCUCUUAAGUCUUUAUAGAAUGGAAGAUCCAUGUUACUUGAAUAUACUAAAAGGCACAAUCAGAUGCCAUGUGAUCUUGGACACUAAGCAAAGUCAGCCCUGGUUAGGACUCAGAUGGGAGACCGCCCAAGGAUCCUAGGUGCUGGAGGCAAUAUUUCAGAAGAAGAAAUUGGUAAAACCACCUCAGAGUCUUCCUGGCCUAAGAAAACCCUGUGAAAUUUAUGGGGCCACUAUCUUCCAACGCUAGGAUUUUAGAAGAGGGUUGGACUGGAUGUCCCCUGGGGGUCCCUUCCAACUCUAGGAUUCUAUGUAUAAGUCAACAGGCAACUUAAAGGCACAUACUCACACACAUUGAAGAAUCUAGGCCCUAAAGACCCUAAAAGGCACCAGAUUCCUGUCUGUUCUUGGAAGCUAAGCUGGGCAGGGCCUGGUUAGUCCUUGGAUAGGAGAUCGCUAAUGAGUUCCUGCUGCUGUAGGCUUUAUUUGAGAGGAAAAAGCAGACAAAAACCACCUCUGAGGGUCUUCCUUGCCUAUGAAAAUCCUGUGAAAUAGAUGGGGUCACCAUAAAUCAGGAGUCGGUUUGAAGGAGCAAUCUCACACACAUUGAAGAACUUAGGAUCAUAGCUCAGGAAGGUUAAUGCCUUCCUCCUUUUUGGCUGAAGGAAAACUGAAGGGAGAGAGAGACCUGUUGGAUUCCCAGGUAUGAGGGGAAGACUGUUCUUUGCACUCAGGGCUUCUGCUGUGAUGGGGUGGCCCUACGUUCUUGGAAAUGACUUGAAAGCACACAACCUUCUCCUAGUUCAGCAUCAAGAAGAAGGGUUCGCCCAGCCUGCUUUGCCAAGAAACCCUAAAACCUCUCUGCCUUGAGGAAAGUGCCCUUUUUGCUUCUAUUAAUGGAUGUGUACAAUGCUAACUCUGCAUUUCGUAAAGGUUGCCAAGCAGAGCUCAAAUAAACAAAGCCUAAAUUCUGAUGCUGCAUUUUAAAAUCACUGAUAAUUCAUGCUGUUUUAAAUUUGCUCAGCUGGUUUUAUUGUAUGCCACUCUAUGGGAAGAGGGUGGCAAAUAAAUAAUUGCAUUAUUAAAAAGGGUGGCAAAUAAAUAGUUUCAUUAUUAA